AUGCAAGAAGGUUCCACAGAAGAGCUCCACAGCAGCCAACCAUGUGAGAGCAAACUAAACGAGCAUGCUGGACUACUGAUCAACAGAAGCAGAAAGACAAUGGUGACAGGAGGUGGAGGCUACCUGGGAUACAAUCUGGGAUGUGCUCUUGUUAGGUCAGGAAUUGCUGUCGUUCUGUUUGAUGUACGGAAACCUAGAUGGGAAAUUCCAAAUGGAGCAGAUUUUUUCAAGGGUGAUGUGAGGGAUUAUGAUGCAGUGUUCAAAGCAUGUGAAGGGGUUGACUGUGUUUUUCAUGUGGCUGCAUGUGGAAUGUCAGGAUUAGAACAACUUCAAAAGAAAGACCAGAUUGAAUCCAUAAAUGUCGGAGGCACAAAAAUAAUAAUUGAUGUCUGCAAACAAAGAAAUAUCUCUAGACUGAUAUACACCAGUACAGUGAAUGUGGUAUUUGGAGGGAAUCCUAUUGAAGAAGGAGAUGAAGAAACUGUGCCGUAUUUUCCACUGGAAAAGCAAUUUAAUCAUUAUUCUAGAACAAAGGCAAUUGCAGACCAAAUGGUUCUUGCUGCUAAUGGAACUUUACUCAAAGGAGGUGGUAAGCUCCAUACUUGUGUGCUUCGUCCACCAGGCAUAUAUGGACCAGAAGAGCAGCGCCACAUGCCACGAGUAGCUGCAAAUAUCCAGCGGAGACUAUUUAACAUCACGUUUGGGAAUCACAAAGUUCAGAUGAACUGGGUUCACAUAGGAAAUCUAGUACAAGCUCACUUACUAGCUGCUGAGGCUCUCACCUCUGAGAAGGGUUAUGUAGCUAGUGGUCAGGCGUAUUACAUACAUGAUGGUGAAAACGUGACAUUUUCUGAAUGGAUAGUCCCUUUAUUUGAAAAAUUAGGCUACAGGAAACCCUGGAUACACAUUCCUGUUCUCCUGGCUCAUAUAGCAGCCACCGUGAUGGAAUAUUUGCACCUGAUACUAAAGCCAGUUUUUAGCUUUACACCUUUCUUGACAAGGAAUGAGGUGUGGGACGUUACUGUAACUCACACUUUCCGAAUAGACAAGGCACGAAAUCAACUUGGUUACAAACCAAAGAAAUUCUCAUUCGCUGAUUCUGUGGAUCAUUAUCUUAAAACAAGACCUACUUGCCAAGAAGAUCACAAUUUCCUUAAAAUGGUGUUUGCUUUUGGCAUUUUGUUAAGUUUGAUCAUUCUUUCUUUCUUCUAA